CUAGUCUUGCUCAACAAGGUAAUCAUUACUCUGAAGUUAACUGCUUGACUAGGUAAACAAACAGGAGUAAUUGAGCAUGAGAGGAAUACCAUGAAUCUCCUCAUCUGAACAGAACUUCGACAACAGGACAAUGUCAAGGCGACAACAAUCUUUUCGCUCUGCUGGCAUUUCGAGAAGCAAAUCAGAAGGAAAUCUGAUUGAUUUAGAUGGGCAAAGUGUACCUACAAACAACCCAGAAAAUUUGGGAGACAAAUUGGAUCUUGUAAUUAAUUGGUCUGAUGUGUUCCAAGACAAUUCCCAGAAUUUUUCCAAACGGACAAAUCCAUUUUGGAAUGGACUUUCUGAAUCCAACCCUUUCCUGGAUGAUGUGGCUCAAGCCAACACAUCAACUAAUGGAAGAGUGUCUAUUUUAAAAGAGGACCCUUUCUUGUUUUUCAGGGAUACAGAAACCAGAAAUUCAGUAUCAAGUUCCGGAGAUGAACUUGAUAUAGGUCAUGUCUUGGAACAAACACCGACAAAAAAGUAUGGAAGGUCUAGGAGUGUUUCCUAUCUGGAUGAUCUUGGCAGCACACAAUCUAAUGCUCCAGAGAUUGAUGGGCAGAUUCUGGCUCCAGACUUAGAGUGGCUUCAAAAUGACAGAGAGGCCUACAAAAUGGCUUGGUUGAGCCAUAGACAAUUGACCCGUUCAUGUCUGGACUUGGAUGUUGUGAGUCAGAGUCCUGGAUGGGGGCAGACACAAGCAUCAGACACUCAUAUAUUUUGCAGAAUAGGUCAUAAUGGAGGCUCUGUACAGCUUCCAAACUCCGAUAUCACUGUCCAUGUUCCUGAAGGUCAUGUUAAACCAGGGGAAUUUCAGGACAUCUCUUUAAAAGCUUUUCUUGAUCCACCAGCCUUGCUUAACAACAACCUGUCAACUACUGUUAGUCCUCUUGUAGAAAUAACAUUAAGCAACAUCAAUACAGGAGAAGAUAUUUUACUGGAAAUUAAAAUUGCAGCUGAGGUAAAAAACGAUCCAUACAGUCAAGUCAUGACUGAUAUUGCAACCUUUUACAGCUACAACAAAGAAGGACCAUUUGAAAAAAUCCCAAAUGGCUACAUUUACAAUAACAUGCUACAAAUCAAGUUACCAAUCCUUAGUCGUAUUACAUACAUUGUCUGUGCAGCACAAACCAAGUCUGUCCAAAACCAGUCCAGCAGUGUUUAUGACUAUAUUCACAAAUCCUUAACUGUGGCAGUGUAUGGACCUAAGCACAUACAUCCAGCAUUCACUACGGUUCUCGCUAUUAUCGGACAUAACUAUACUCCAGAGAAACUCACAGUGGAUGACAUAAAAAGACGUGGAAAAAAUUUGCCACCGCUCGUAUUUCAACUUUGGGGGAAGCAUCAGUUUGUGUUUUACCAAUGGCAAGACUUAUUGAUUCAUUUUGCUGCAAAUAACUCAUGCUAUUCAGUAAAAGCAGCAGAUAAUAGUAAUGAAAUCAAACUACAGCAGCUAAAAGCAGGUAAAACAAUUCGGGCACAGUUCCCUUUCUCAUUGCAAGGUGGCAAAGAAAUCAGCACACUUGUUUUCACUGUUCAGAUUAAAGACAGCCAAGGUUCAUCAUUGAUAUCGGAAUUUCCUGUCAGCACCCCUGACCCUGCACAAAAAAUACACUGGACUCCAAAAAAUCAAACUCGUUUAGAGAAGCGCAAACAAAUCUUGUCCACGCCUGUCAUGCCAAUUAUCAGUACUGUGAAAUAUCCCAAGUUCCAGGAUAAAACUCUGAAGAUGCACAACUUUGCAGUGACUUUAAAAACUGUCCUGAGGCAACAAAAGAUUGACUACUUCUUGGAAUAUUUUAAAGGAGACACAAUUGCACUUCUUGGUGAGGAUAAAAUUAAGGCCAUUGGACAGACCAAGGUUAAAGAAUGGUAUGUGGGUGUUUUGAGAGGGAAGGUUGGCCUUGUACACUGCAAAAACGUAAAGCUUAUUUCCAAAGAUCAAGUCAUUGAUUUUUCAGAUGUGCAUUUUUCCACCAAGAUGCUUUUGGAGCAGAUUGCACUGCCCUUUAAGAAACUGACUUACAUCUACUCAUCUGUGCUAUCCAAUGUCUCGGACAAAGUCCAAGACUGGAGAUCUUUAGCAGAUGCCCUUGGUUAUUCACACUUGUCAUUAGACGAUCUUAGCCAAACACUUCCCGAGAAAGAGCCAGACAGAGUGUCAUGUGUUGUAAAAAGGCUGAAAGAAGACUGUCAUGGGGACUCCAAAAAGAAGAAAUUUCAUUAUGAGCUUAUUAUGGGUCUAUUGAAGAUUGACUGCCAAGGCUUAGUAGCUCGUCUUACACAAGAUACAGUUAUCUUGACUACUGCCGUACAGCUUGGCAUACGCUGGAGAGAGCUUGCUGAGAAGCUAGCCAGACUUACAAAGCAACAGAUUGAGGCCUAUGAGAUUCCUCAUCAUGGAAAGAGUGGAGAAGUCAACCUGCAGAUGAUGUGGAAACCUGCUUUUGACUUCCUGUAUACAUGGGCUGCUCAUUAUGGAGACAGUUACAGGGAUGUGCUACAAGACUUACACUGUGCAUUGGACAGAAUGAAAUAUCCAGUGACCAGACAAUGGAGGGAGCUGACGGGGACUCUUAUCUUUGUCAAUUGCCUGGAGGUCUUUCAGGCCACUUCUUUUUCCAGGCCUGAAGAUUAAUUUCAACGAUCAUUAAAUUCUGUGCCUACAGUAAAAACAAGCAAACCUUUUGAUCUCAUUCUGAACUAUGCAUCUUACGUUGUGGAGAUCAGAUCCUAAUGCCGUUAUAAAAACCUUACUUUUGUAUUCCUGAGAAAUUUGUGGUGCUUUUAUAAUAUCGAUAUCAUUAGGUACUUUCCUGCAGAUAGGUGCCAUAGCAACCCAAACAGUGUUCUAAAAUUACUGGAUGAAUGGAAAGCCAAGAUGUAUUACCAGUGUAUACAAAGUGCUCAAUGUACUGUACACAAGCUAGCAACAUCUUUUUUUUCUUUAAUUUUUUAAUAUAGUUGCCAUACAAGCAUAUCUGUACAGUAAUGGGAUACACUAUCUUUUCUAUAUUUUCUAUAUAUUGUUACGUCUGUGAACGCAUCCAUCUCUAAAAUAUCCAGAUCUAACGAUGCUGUGAUAAUAUUCUGUAAAUUAUAUUGUUUAUAUUGAAUAUUUAUUCUGGAACUUAUCAUGUGUAAAUUAUUGUAUUCGUAUUGUUAUGAUACCAACUAUAUUAAACCAUUAAGGCAUAUUAUUUUCAGUAUUUUAUACAAAUAUAUGGAAAAAAAAACUUUCUUAAAUUCAUAAAGUGCUAUACGCACGUGUCAUUUAGACAUAGCAUUUCUAAGUUCUAUGAAGGUGCAAGAUUAAAAAUAUGUGUAGAGGAGAGGUCUAUUAUUCUGACUUUACAAGUUAUAAAAUUUUGAAUUCAGUCAGCAACCACUAGGGGGAGCUAACUGAACAUUAAUUUACUGUAUACAGUUAGAUCUGAAGGCAUGUGUAAUAUGUCCUCUUACCAAAGGCCCUACUGCAAUAACAAGUUUUAUAAUAGGUAUG